AUGUUUAAGAUUACCGCCAUUGUCUCUUUAAUUCUUAUUGCGACAUGGUCGCAGGCAGCUUCUAGACGACAUAAGAAGGAGGGAUCGUCUUCCGAGGAGUUUAACACAGGUAACCUCCUGGCGGCUGGCCUUUCCUGCAAUUCUUGUGGCAGCGAGUGUGCGUCCGCAUGUGGUACGAGACAUUUCAGGUCAUGCUGUUUCAACUAUCUAAGGAAGAAACGAGGUCCCGACGCAAAUAAUAUUAAGCUUAUACCACAAUACGUUCGCGAUAUGAAAGCUCCAAAGAGGAUCCAACGACCAACUCUACCGAUGAUCGUAGUCGAAGAAACACCCAAACAAUGGUGGAAAGAAAUUAUUUCAAGCGACUUUGAACCGUAUGUGUUUGAUGGUACAGUAGAUCAUCGAUUACAGGCGCUAUACGACGUCUAA